CCAGUGUCUCUACUUUUCUUUAUCUAAUUAUUAGUAUCCUUUAGACCUUUCCCAAGAGGAUAAAUAGCUACAAGUUUCUAGAAUUCACAUCGACUAAAGGCACCAUUAGUAAGCUGACAGAGGUUCAGCGUUUCUUCAUUCUAAUCCACAGAGUUGGCACAUAACUUCUUGGACUUGCGGCUGAGAUCAUCUCUCCCAGGAUGGUUAGAAAGCAGCAGCAAUACACCUUGAGUGUUGAGCAAAAUGUGGCAGAGCAGUUAUUAAGGAGUCCUUACUGUUCAACGGAAGGAACACACAGUGACUGCAGAUCACACCAUGUGACAUGUGAGCUGCAUCAGGUGACGAAGAACCGGUGUUCCCUCUGGAAAGUAUUCCUAAUAUGUCUGCUGGCUUGUCUAGUUGCCACAUCCAUUACAGCUUUGGCCUUUUACUUUGGCCCCUUUGGCAAUUCCAACAAUACCACCAUCAUUAUUCACACAGAUGGAAGGUCCUGCCAAGAUCCCUGUGCCUCUCCCUCUACGCCAUCUCCAACCACAAUCCCUUCACCUGGACCUGACACCACUCCAUCUCCUACUAAUACAGCCACCCCGGCCUUGCCUACCACCCUGCCCACAUUUACUACAGUGAUGACCAGUACCUCCACAGAACAUGACGUUGAAAUUGAACAACAAUAGCGUGAACUCUCAGUCCUCAAGCCAGAUCAAUAUUCUCACAGAAAGGGGACAUAGCCAAGAUCCUGCUAUGACAUCCCAUAGCGUAUGGCUUCGUUAGACCUAGUUCUCUACUAAUCUAUGCUGCUUUCCAUGUGGUGAUAGUCUUGCAUUGAUUACUUAAUACCUGCCAUUUUCUGGAAAUUCUCUCAUUAUGAGACUUUUUCCAUGUCAGGGGACAAUGAAAAGGGACCAAGCCAGCUAAGUUAAUCAUGUUUCUGCUUAUGAAUUCUAAUUUUCCAACUUCUCUCCUUAAGAGAGUUCAUGUGGCAAAGGAGCAUCAUAGAGGGGACAAGAGAUGCAGGUCUACGUGGUGGUCACUGACUAUGUAGGGAUAGUAACAUGGUAUAGAGUCCAUGUAUUGUUGGACACUGUGAAGGACAGAGGCCUUAUUUGUCUAGCCUGUGACACUGAGUCUUAGUUUGUUGAGGUGUCCUCUACUUGACUUUUUGUUGUUCUAGCUUCCCUACUUGCAAGUUUCAAUAAACCUAACCUUGCAUG